CCGUUCCCAGGCAGCUCUUCUUGGGCAGCUGGUCCUAGUCCCACGUCUGGGGCAGUUUCCCAAACUGGGAAAUAGUUCCCUGAAUGAGGGAGGGGAGGAGCUUCGGUGGGCUGUGCUAGCCAAAGGGGAAGUCGGCUUUCCCUGGGACUGGCCUGUCUGGACAGCCCCUGGCCAGGGAUCCAGGCCCUGGGAGAAAGAGCGGUGUGCGUACCAAGCCCUGGGUGACAGUGGGCAGGGCAGGGCAAGGAGGAAGCAGGGCAGGUCUACUAGGAAAUUACAAGGGAGAGGAAGCAGCCCUGCCUCUCUCCCCAGUUGGCUUCGGAGUCUGGGUUGAGAUCGUGGGUGGUGGGAGCUUAGGGGUGCCGAGCCUUGGGCUGGUGUGGAAGGCAUAGGGUGGCAGAACGCAGCAUUCAGUCACACCAGAGUUGUUCGUACCUGAAGCCAGGUCUUAGUGUUGUGUGAAGUUAGCAAAGAGAAUGGCCCUGCUGGGUGUCCGUCCUGGUGGCCCAGAGGACGUGUGCCAGGAUGUUUGGAAAGUGGCAGCCUGGCUGGGCGCGGUGGCUCACUCCUGUAAUCCCAGCACUUUGGGAGGCCGAGGCGGGUGGAUCACGAGGUCAAGAGAUCGAGACCAUCCUGAUCAACAUGGUGAAACCCCGUCUCUACUAAAAAUACAAAAAAUUAACUGGGCAUGGUGGCGCGUGCCUGUAAUCCCAGCUACUCAGGAGGCUGAGGCAGGAGAAUUGCUUGAACCCAGGAGGCGGAGGUUGCGGUGAGCUGAGAUCCAGCCAUUGCACUCCAGCCUGGGUAACAAGAGCGAAACUCCGUCUCAAAAAAAAAAAAAAAAAAGAAAAAGAAAGUGGCAGCCUGGGAGUGAUGUGGCUUGAGCCACCUUUCCUUGGGUAUGUGGAGAUUCGUGAAGGUAGCCUUCCUUUGCCCAGGGGUCCAUGACUGGGUUAGUCCACUUAGUGGUUUUUCCUCAGGGAUGCCCACACAGAGUACAUGUUCACUCUCAUUGAGCCCUGGGGCUUAUAGAUUCCAGAUGUUUCAAUACUUCAGCUGAUCUUUGGUCUGGAGUUUUACGCCCUGGGAAAAUGCAGGGCCCUGGAGGGGCAUUUAUGAUAUUCUCAGUCACUUAUGCAUCAGUGGAAACUAAGUUUUAGGUUCUGUUCAAAGAGUGACUUUCAGGAGCUGAGCACUUCUGCAGCAGGUGGGUCUAAGGGUGGGAUGACAGCAGAGGCCACAACUUCCGGGGAGUUUUGGCCACUGGGCUUUGCAGCCUAGUGGGGCUGUCUUUGUUCAGUCACAGGUGUUUCCACUUAGCCAAAGGGAGAUGGAGCUCUCAAACCUCCUUCCCUUUCCUGGCUCUCAGUGUGAAAUGGGUGGCCCAGGUACCGUGGCGGGUUGGGGAGCCGUGACCGCCUGUGCCUCCUGAAUGAGGUGGGCUCAGCCUUUGAGGGAGCAGAGGAUGCCUGAUCAGCAGAGGAUGUUUGGCCAGCCUUCAGGGUGGAGGAGGGUUGGGUUGGGGCCAGCUUCUCCUGAGGCUGUCUCUGCUCCGCGUGUCCCCCACCUUGCCAGAGGCUAGGUCAGGAGCCUGGAAACACUGGCUGUGCUCAGGCCUGCCCCUCCCCCACCCAGGCACACCUUUGAUUAGGAGGUGAUUGGCUGCACUCGUGCUGAGUUCAGGCCUUCUGCAGAGGGCAAAAUCUGUCGAGGAGGCAGUUUUCCAUGUGAUCUCUUCAGCAAGUCACCGCUGUCAUUGUGCUUAGCAGCAGGGGUGGGAGAAGCUGGUGCCAGGGCAGUGCCUCUGCACCCUGACUUGCACUCAAGGCUGGGGGCCCCUGCUGUGCUCAGCUGAGGUCCUGUCUCCUGGGGCUGUGUGGUGCCGGUUGUGUAGGAAAGAGCUCCUGUGGGCCUUCUGACCUCCAGCGCAGGUCUUCCCCAUCCUUUAUCUGGAAGAAUCCAGUGGCUGGAGCCUUGGGACCUUGCCUCUGAGAUGGCUUGGCUGUGGAGAGACAGGGGUCUCUGACCUCACCUCCUGAUCCAAGGCUGGAUGAGGUGGGGUCUCCACCCUGGUGAGGAUGUGUGCCUUCACCUGGCCACACUUCAGCAACUGGUGAGAGUAAGAAGUCCCCCAGCCCAUAAUUUCCUGAAGUGCUCCUGGCUCCUCUGGAGGAGACUCUCAUCUGUCUGCAUCAAACCUGGAAAGUGGGGGAUAGAGCGUGGGGUCGGAGGGGUCCAUGUCCAAGGGUCUGGUGGGAGCUGGGCUGAGCAAGGAAUCCCAGAUGGGUUUCUGGGAUGAGGUGCACAGAAAUGUCCUUGGCAAGAAAGUGAGCUUCGAGCUGGGAGGACCCCAGAAAGCGCCUGCUCACUGUGCCCCCGGGUUAUGACGACCCCCAAUAAAGGAAACAAGGCCUUGAAGGUGAAGCGGGAGCCAGGUGAGAAUGGCACCAGCCUGACCGAUGAGGAGCUGGUGACCAUGUCGGUGCGGGAGCUGAACCAGCACCUGCGGGGCCUGUCCAAGGAGGAGAUCGUCCAGCUGAAGCAGCGCCGGCGCACACUCAAGAACCGCGGCUACGCUGCCAGCUGCCGUGUGAAGCGGGUGACGCAAAAGGAGGAGCUGGAGAAGCAAAAGGCAGAGCUGCAGCAGGAGGUGGAGAAGCUGGCCUCGGAGAACGCCAGCAUGAAGCUGGAGCUCGACGCACUGCGCUCCAAGUAUGAGGCACUGCAGACCUUCGCCCGGACGGUGGCUCGCAGCCCCGUGGCGCCGGCCCGGGGCCCCCUUGCCGCCGGCCUGGGGCCCCUUGUCCCAGGCAAGGUGGCCGCCACCAGUGUCAUCACAAUAGUAAAGUCCAAGACGGAUGCCCGAUCGUAGGGACGCGCAUCUGCCCAGGCGGGUCUUUGCGGGGCCACUAGGCACAUGGCGAAUUCGGCUGCCCUGUCCCUCUGUUUCCUUCUCUUUCCUCCCUCUCUUCCCUGCCCUUCUCUCUUCCCUGCAAAGCACAACCUGUACCCCAGGGGCACCAGGCUGAGCCCCUUUGAUCUCGUCAUUGUCGUCGUGUGUUUUGUAUGUUGGGAUUGGUCAGUUCGGUGGUGAUGUGGGGUCGCCCCAACCCCUUUUGUACCAAGGCCAUGCAGGCUUGGAGCCCAGAGUUGGUGCUGUGGGAAUGGACUUGAGAGAAGUGCAGGGAGAGAGAAGGAGCAGGCACGCUGGGCCUCGCGUGUCCCUGAGCAGUGAGGGUUCCCAUGUGUUCUCCCGGGCUAGGAAGGAUUCACUCUCUUUAGCCCCAGGAGGGCAACUCAGCUCAGCCCAGCAUGAAGAGACGGGCUGUGCUCUGAGAGCCGGCAUGGCCUUGAGGGCCCUGAUGAGUAGACCGCUGGCCUGGGCGCAGUGGUGCUGGGGCCUGCAGCUGGGGCCAGGGACUGCGCGCUCAAGCCUGACCCGUUGCACUGAACAAGACCAAAUCGCUGGUUGUGCGCUUACGUGAGGGUGAGUCCAGUGUGCCCUGCGAUGGGUCCCGUGUCACUGUUUACAUGACCUAUUUGUGUGGUUAUAUAGCCCUUUAUUUAAAAGAGAGAAGUUCCUUUUACAAAGUUAUUAAUUAUAUGUUUAAAAGUUAAAGAAAAAAGCUGCAGAGUAUUUAUAAAACUGUCUUUUAGAAAAAAAAAAAAAAAGCAAGAAGACCAUUUGACCAUAUCAAUGGAAAAGGGAAGAAAGUAUAAUAGAAACUUUGCUAGUUAAAAAAGAAAAAAAAAAAUCCCUUUCUUGUAAACUUAUGGACAACUCUUUGUGGCUGUUGGAAUUUAGUUUUUAUAUACACAGAGUUAUCGGACAUUAUUUAUAAAACUUAGUUUAAAAAAAAGACAAAAAAAAAAAAAGCCAAGCCGUGAACCGACCAGAAGGCCGUCCUCUUUGAUAUCUUUUGCAAUUGUACCGAAAGUGACUUACUCCUCUGCCCUUCCUGCUUCCGUCUCUUGCCGGUGCCGUGGUGUUGUCCGUGCCUGGUGAGGUUUUGUGCAGCGGUAAAGUGCUGGUGCUUCUGGUGACCUUUGACCUGUGGGUGUCACUUCUUGUGUCUGUUUUUCCGUGUUCGUUUUUUGGGUUUCAUUGUGCUUUUGCUUCUGCUGGCUUGCUGGACCUGGGCUGGGGUGCCAGGGGGUACCUGCUUCGUCAGAGCUCAAGGAGUCUGUGCCCACCAGCAGUCCCUGAUCCCUAGGAGGUGAGACGUGGGGCUCUGUCACGCUCACCCCAUUGAACCUUGGCUACAUCUAUGUCUAGGGCUGGGGCUGAUCCUGUGGCGGGGUAGGUGACAUUGGGGGUCCCUUGGGGCCCCCCCACGCUGCUUCCACAGCCACCACCUCUGGCCUUGGGUGGUGGUGUUGCAGGGACCAAGGAGUCACUGUGGGUGGCCACAGGAGUUCCCUGGCUGUCUUCCUCUGGCCUCUUCACGUGGGGCCUCAGCUGGGAGCCCCAGGGGCACGCACCGUGGGCUGCAGGUUCCACCGCCCACUUGAUCCCUGAACUGUUUCCAUGCUGCAGGGUGCUUCCAGGCAGAGUGGUGGGUGGCUCCACCAGUGCAGACAAGGGCUACGAUCUCCAGGGCUGGGUCUUAUCCCUCUUCUCUGCUGGUCCAUCCUGGCAGCACUUGGCUUCAGGCCUUCCUUCUGCCUCCCUUUGGGAUCUGUCUUCCAGGGAUCAGCUGCUUGGCUUCACUGGGGGUGCCUCCCUCUGGGGGCCCAGCCUGCCUCUUGCUCCCAGUUCCUCGACAGAGGCUGCUGCCCUUCCCGGCUAGGCUCAGGAGGCUCCUGGUAGGCAUAUGAUGGGGAGAGGUGUCCCCACCCCAAGAGAGUACAGCCCUGUGUCUGGCCAUGUAAACUUUGACCUUUCACCAGGGUUGCUGGUUUCUUCUCUAUGGGGCCCAGUCCCCUGUAAAGCACAGAAAUGUGGGCUGGUGAGAUGAAAAACUGUGGCCGACAGGGCUUAACCCUGUGGGUGGUGGGAUUUUCAUCCAAGAGUUUGGCCUGGUGUGCCUGUGAGAUGUGAACAGGGAUGUACCAUCAACAUUUGUCUUAAUGAGCUUCUCUUUGCUGUAGGUGUUCAGAGACAACUCUUGUUUCUACCUAGGCCAGCCUGAAAAUCGAAAUCUUGACUCUAGUCAUUUAGUGACUUCAUCCCCCUCUCCUCAGUCUAGUUUUGUCUAACUAGAAUCCAGGCAUUAGUUGGAAUCAUAUCAAAAGUAUCUAUGAAGAAAAUGUCAUGAUCUGCCUUGGAGCAGGAAGGAACAGGCCCUCCUUGUCCCUGUGUGGCCCCCACUUUUGUCCUGGCUGGGGGUGGCCAUUCAUUUUGAGCACCUCUGCCAGGCUGCAGACCUGGAGGCAAAGGGAGUGCAGAAGAGGAGGGUGUGAGGGUGGGCGCAGGCUGAAUGGAAGGGGUAGUCCUUGACGUGUUGGCAGAAGAGGCCUCUGGAGUGUUGAGGCCAUACCUCCUUUCAAGAGCUUUGAAUUUGGAGCGACUUCCCUAGGUCUAGGGGAGUGUUCCUGUCUCCUGUCAGGCCAGCCUUGUGGAGCCACUCCAUCCCUCUUCCCCUUCCUUGGGAUUUCCUGACAUAGAUGCUGUGUUCAUGUGCACAUGUGAGUGUGCUGUCCUUCUGAUAGCUUCAUCCCGCUUUCCUACUGAGAAAAGGGUGGUGGCCUCUUCUCACCUCAGCUUUUCUGACACAGCCAAUUGAGGGCUAUGGCCAAGGCCAGGUCUCUCAAACUUGUCCGCCAAGUAAACCGUGAUGUAUGUCUUCCCUUCCACCUUGACUUUGCCCCAACUCCUCCCUUACCCUAACAUGGAUACUCAGAUUUCAGAGAAAUGCCUGGUGGGGACAGGUCAGCUCUCACCCAGAGAGUGAGGCCCUGGCUGCUGCUCCGGGUGGUGCUGGUGUUGCUGGGGCUUCAGCUCUUGGUGCAUGUUUCAGAUAUGUGUGCAUACUUCUGACCAGCAGCAGCAGCAGCAGCCUCAAUAGUCAGUGCCCAGCCCACAGCCCUGAGGAGCUGCAGCCUGCUUUGGUACUAUGGUAAGGUUCCAUGUUGUCCUUGCUGCCUCCCGCUCUGGAGUGGCCACUUGACCAAAGCUUCCAUCCACAUCUGGAAAGUCUGAGCCUCGGCCUGCUACACCUUUUCCGCUCUGGGAUCUUGUGUUACUUUUUUAGGCUGUGGUUUGGUGAAAGGAACCAACACAUUAACGAUUUUUCCCCCCAGAAGCCACUGAAUAAUUCUUUUGGCAUAAUUUUGCCUUCCUGUUGGCUGUCUGGCCUUGGAGCAGGUGGGGAGAGUGGAGUGCAUAAUCAGUGCCACACAGAGGCAGGGUGUGUCUGAGAGACCGAUGCCUGGCCUGUCUCUGGCCUGUGUCCUGGGCGGGUGCUACACCUGCCAGACCAGUCCCCCACACAUUUCCACCCUGCCCCUGGAGCAGCAGCUUUGAUACCAUGGGUGUCCCUUGAGUUUGAGAUACAGUGUGAGAGUGUGUCCCCUAUAAACUGUGAGACCUCCCUGUUCUUGGUGACCCCAGUUGGGCUUAGGCCCCUCCAGCAACCUGUGUCCCAGCCCUGCCCUUUUUCCCAUCCCUCAAUCUGCUAGUCCCUGAAGCCUUUAACCAAACGGGAGUGGGUUCAGAAAGCCUUCUCCUGGCAACUUAGGGCAGCAGGACAAGGGCUACCCGCAUGUCCAGCCCUGUUGCUCUCCUGGCGCUGAGAGGUGGGUCCAAGCAGAGUUGAUCAGUCCCUGCCUGCCCUGUCUAGGUCUAGCCAGGGUAGGCUGUGUGUGGGAGAGGACCUCGGGAUCUGCUGGGGUGGGAUAAAGGUUAUUAAAGAUCUAAGUGAGGAGGGGCUGGGGUUUGGAUGCGGGCUGAGGCCCGAGAGCUCACACUUCGUGUAGGGCGGGCAGGGGCCUGACCUGCAGGGCAGUGGCCUUAGUGCCCCACCCCUGCCCUGCGCAGUAUUUAUUGCUAAAUUAUUGUCCAGGAGGGGCAGCACUGGGCCUGCCCCCCCCGGGUAUUUAUUGCUGUAUAUAGUGUAUGUUUGUGAUAUAUAAGGUUUUCUUUAUUUUGUAUAUGAUCAAUAAACCUUUUAAAGAGA